AUGAAGACAAGUUUUAAACGUUAUUUAUAUAUAUUUUCAAUUAUGAUGCCUGCUGUUUUGCUUUAUAAUCUGAUUUUUAUUUUCACCGCUCCAUAUGAUGGAGGGAUUAAACAAUUUGAUGAAUUAAACAGAAUCUUGCCUUAUGUUUCUACUAAAGUACAGGUAAUUAUACCAUUUAUCAAUCAAUUAUUACCUAUAUUAACUGUGUUAGUUACUUUAAAUAAAACAAAUGAUUCAUCCAAAGAUAAUGAUAUAAAUCCAAUUUAUAUCUUUCUUGCUAUUUUCACUCAUUUUACACCUGUUUUUAACCCAAUUGUUUGUAUAAUAACUAAUAAGCCAUACAAAGAAGCUGUUUUUAAUCGUUUAAAAAUACAUCCACAAUGA